AGUGGCAUUGCAGUAGAUAAUCUGACUGAACUUGAAACUUUAAUGGAUGAAAUAAUAGAGCAAGAAAAAUUGGCAAAAGAAUCCAGAGAUUCUAAGUAAACCCUAAAGAAGAUUGAGGCAGGCAAACAAACUGCAGAGAAAAUGUGAAAAGAGGCCAUGGAGCGAUUUGGACAGACAAAAAAAAUAUCUGAAGCUGAGGGUGAUUAAGGGAAGCAGACCAAAUGAUGGUGGAGUGGAAAUGGUGCAGUGA